UGCCACAUGACCAACUGUCUUGAACCCCCCUCUGUCAGUUGUUGAAAGCUGUGCAAUUUGUUUCGGUUGUGAAUUGUGGCGAGCAUAUGAGUACAAGCAGGCGACUGACGACAUAAAACAUCAGUGCAAUGCUGCUCCUCAGACGCUGCCACACCCUGACUCGAUUUGGCCCUCUCAACACUCAAAGGCAUCAAGUGGCACCUGCUGUGGCGUCCUGUGCAGUUCGUCUCUGGAGCAGCAGCAGUGAGGACCAGAGAUGGUACCAGCGUGCACAUAGGCCCAGCUGGAGACAUGCAUUGGCUGGACUGCUGGCUGGUACCGGGGCUGUACUGGCUUAUGGACUCCACCACCACAAGGCUGAGCAGGAAGAGACAGUGCAAACCAUAGAGAAGACCUCAGCUCUUCCAGUCUUCAGCCAGGAAGAGGUCACCAGUCACCGCACUCUGGAAGAUGGCGUGUGGGUCACCUACAAAGGUGGAGUCUAUGACAUCACUGAGUUUGUGGCCAUGCACCCUGGUGGGGAUAAAAUCUUGCUGGCGGCAGGUGGAGCCCUUGAACCCUUCUGGGCGCUGUAUGCUGUACACAAGCAGGAACAUGUGCUGGAAAUGCUCUCAGAGUAUAAGGUUGGUGAGCUGAGGGCGGACGACCUGAAGAAGCAGCAGGCCGUUCACACGUUGGACCCCUACUCCUCUGACCCCGAGCGUCACCCCGUCCUGCGCAUCAAUAACCUCAAGCCCUUCAAUGCUGAGCCGCCUCCUGAAAUCCUCUCUGACAGCUUCAUCACCCCCUCUGCCAUCUUCUUCAAAAGAAACCACCUGCCAGUUCCUCGAGUGGACCCCGCUUCAUAUCAGCUGCACAUAGAAGGACUACCUACAGUGCUGACGCUGUCUUUAGAAGACUUAAAGACUCGAUUCCCCAAACACACUGUCACGGCCACGUUGCAAUGUGCCGGUAACCGCCGCUCUGAGAUGAAUCGGGUCAAGCAGGUGAAAGGACUGAACUGGGGCAUUGCUGCGAUCAGUAAUGCUACAUGGAGCGGUGCGAGGCUCAGGGAUGUGUUGCUGGCUGCUGGCUACAGCCCCGAUGUGGCCCAGCGGGCUUUCCAUGUUCAGUUUGAAGGGCUGGACAAAGAAGUGACUGGGACUACGUACGGUGCCUCCAUCCCUCUAAACAAGGCCGUUAGCGAGGAAGGUGAUGUGUUGCUGGCGUAUGAAAUGAAUGGCGAGGAUCUCCCUGCUGACCACGGCUACCCUGUGCGCGUUGUGGUUCCAGGCACGGUGGGUGCACGCAAUGUUAAGUGGCUGGGGAAGAUCAUUGUGAGUGCGGAAGAAAGCAGCAGCCACUGGCAGCAGAAUGACUACAAGGGUUUCUCCCCCGGGACGGACUGGGACACGGUGGACUUCAAGUCUGCUCCGGCCAUCCAAGAGCUGCCCAUUCAGUCAGCCAUCACCACACCGGCAGACGGUGCUGUGAUCGAUCGCAGUUUGGAAGAGGUGACGGUGAAGGGUUACGCCUGGAGUGGCGGAGGCAGAGAGGUGGUGCGUGUAGAUGUUUCUAUAGAUGGAGGAAAGACGUGGCAGGUGGCCCAGCUGAGGAGCAGUGAGAAGGGACAAGCACCUGAACCCUCUCCCCCACCGGGACGAGCCUGGGCCUGGAAGCUGUGGGAGCUAACGGCUCCUCUUCCUCCUGAGGCUCAGGAGUUGGAGAUAGUUUGCAAGGCGGUUGACAACAGUUACAACAUGCAGCCGGACACAGUUCCUCCCAUCUGGAAUCUGAGGGGCGUGCUGAGCAACGCCUGGCACAGAGUGAAGGUGAACAUCAGAGAGGAUCAGAGCGAGGAAUAGACUCAGUGGUUUGAUCCAAAUUCAACAGGUUUAUGCCUGACACCAAGUCAUCAGAGACUAGACAUUGUUUAAAAUCUGUCACUGAGACUAAGCAGAAAAUACAGCAGGAUGUUAAGCAAACAUGUUGGCUGUAAGAUUUAAGAUACCUAGAACAAAGCUAAAGGAUGUAAAUAACCAAAAUAUGUCCAAUUUUAUCUUGUGAUGAUUCACCUACGCUACAUGUCUGUUAAUUUUCUAAUUUGUAGAAAAGAGAAAAUUAUUUUUGUAAUCGGGAUCGACAAUCCUAAUGCUGAAGAUGUGGACGUCAUAUUAAAAACUGUUGAAUUAAUUGUGUUAUUAACAUGCAUCGUAAUUUAAAAACUUAAUUUGAAGUCA